AUGAGAGACCAGUGGCAGGAUGCACAACGCUUCGGUUCGACCAGUACGAUUUCUGUUCAGCAGAGGUAUGAUAGCUACAUUCUCACUACCACCGGCGCUAAUUUGUCCCGACUGCGUUCUCCUCGUGUGUGGACUUCCGAUGGCACGACGACUAAUCCCAGCCCACCCCCUUACACACCCCCGCCGAUGCUCAGUCCAAACCGGCCGGGUUCAGGUCUUUUCUCUUCACUGACUAAAUGGUGUUCGACCGUUAGUCCAGUGCGACCUGGUGCCCUUUUCAAUCGACGCAGUUCCAGCCAUUGUCCAUCAUCUGCAGUAUCAGCCUCCAGCGAUCUUCUGCGGCGCCGUUCCAAUAUCUCUUCUACCAGAGUCCACUCGUUGAACACUUGCGAUGAACCUGAGGGCACCUCUCUUAAACGUAAUUACACCAGCAGUUUCGUUCGUUCUUCGAACGCGCACACAGCCGGAUCGACAUAUUCUUCACGGGAUUCUGUCGAUGAGCACGGUAGAGUCUUUGCAUUCUCCUCUCGACGACACCGAAAGACUCCGAAGUCCGCCCCCGUUGUGAUGUUAGACUCUUCCAGUAUCGCGGCUCCCAGUCACUCAUCACAGGAACACGCUCCCGAUGCAUCGUGCGAAUUACCUGCGGUCUCCAAAACUGGUGCCACCACUGUGUUCGGUUAUGACGAUGAGACGAUGCGUCGGUUCGCUGAAGCAGAUGCAGCUGAUCGAGCUCGGUGGUAUCAGACAGUUCCACGAGAUCCGUCUGACCCGUUGAUUGACUAUCCGGAAUGUCUGUCCUCCGGGUUGGAUGAGGUCCCAGAGAAGUUGUGCAAAUUGGAGCAGCCGGACGGCGACACUUCGAUGAAUUAUCAGUCGGAAGACGCCCUGGUCCUUGUUGAGGACCCCCUUGCUGUAUUGGAUGAACGGGCCAUCGAGAUGGGAGCAUACGUCGAUGAGGAUCAACUCAUGGAAGAUGAGGAGGAGGAGGAGGAAGGCGUUCCGAGUAGUUUGGUUCCACGGAUCAAUAUCGGGGAUGCAUUUCAGGCAGAAAUUCCCGAACUCUCUACCGAUCGAGCGUCAGAUUUGGAGAAGAACACGGAACCGCGUGAAACACUACUAUGGUAUCCGGCAAAUUUGGACGAGAAGGAUCCGAAGAACAUCGAGUCAUGUAUGUUUCCUAUUGCUACCUUGUUUUCCAUCGAUUCUUCGUUGCUCACUUUUUCACCUCCGCAGAUAAAACGUGUGAAAUUGUCUCACCACAUCACACCUGCCGUCGUCACGCGUGCGCGCCCUCGCGCAUGA